AUGACUACACAGACAAUAAAAUCAAGCUAUACUUCGGAGGAAUAUGAUCAUAUUGAUAUUGGUAAUAAGAUGGAGAAGUAUUACUACUCUUAUGAAACACUCAUGGAGAUGGAGCAUUGCAGAUUUGCUUUUAAAUCCUUUCAAAGUGAUAUCCUGGUUGGAUCAUGCAAUGGAUUAGUUUGUUUUGAGAAAGAGGAUUCUUAUAACAAUAUGCCUGAGCCUUUCGCAAUUUGCAAUCCCUUAACAGGAAAAUUUAUUUUUCUUAAACCUAAUUUUAGUAGGGUGUGGGAAGAAGAGGCUGUCCUAGUUUCAAGUGGGUUCGGUUAUUGUCAAUCAACAAACCAGUACAAGGUUGUUAGGAUUUACGCACUCAAUGGCGAGGAGUCACACGUCCAAGUAUAUACUAUCGGCAGCAGCGAGUGGAGAGACAUGGAAACAUGUAUAAGGAAUAACACAUUCCCUUCACCUGGUAUCUUUGCUAAUGGUGUUCUUCAUUGGUUGGACGCUUUCGAAGGUGGAAUAAGUCACAUUGCGUCCUUUGAUUUGGAAGAUGAGAAGUUUCGAUCUCUCCCACUACCACCUUCUGAGGAACUUGGACGUUUAGAUUCUUCUCAUAAUAAACUCAAUUUGUUGGGUGGGAAUUUGUGUUGGGUUCAGUCUCAGUAUAGACCUACCUAUAACAUAGACAUAUGGGUGUAUAAGAGAAAGACGCACAACACUAACAAUACUCAUAAGCUCGACUACUAUAGCAAGAAUUCUUGGAAUUGGGUCAAGGAGUUUAGUAUAAAGAGUAGGCUCGAGCCAAUUCAAUUACAAAAGGCAAUCAAGUACUAUUGUUGGGCAGCAAGAUCCAUUGUUAUGACCCUAAAACUCAAAUUAUAA